AGCCCUCCUCCGCUGUUUUGUAUGGGAGUUAGCCCGCCCUGCUACAUCCCAGCUAACACCGCUCGUUACACUUUACCCCCGCGUAGAUUUAACCCACUUCAACGUCAAUACGCACACGUAAUACAUUAACUUGUUAUCUUUGUGUAGGUGUUGGAUUAAAGUUGGAUUAUUCGUGUAGUUCGGUGUUUUAAAGUGUAAAUAAGAGCGGCAGGUAGCGGCGCUGGCGUUAGCUGUCAUUAGCCGUACACACCCAAAGCUGGAGCCUGUUCGGUCCACCCGCGGAGAAGACGAGACACGGGCCCCGCGUGCAGGUUUGAUCCGCCGCUCACUUCACCUCAGAGCCCAGAGGAGGGACCACAGAGCGCCAUGGCAAGUAGAGGCGGAGCCACACGACCCAACGGGCCAAACGCAGGAAACAAAAUCUGCCAGUUCAAGCUGGUGCUGUUAGGAGAGUCUGCUGUGGGGAAGUCCAGUCUGGUCCUGCGCUUUGUCAAAGGACAGUUCCACGAAUUCCAGGAGAGCACAAUCGGAGCGGCCUUCCUCACACAGACGGUGUGUUUGGACGACACGACGGUGAAGUUUGAGAUCUGGGACACGGCAGGACAGGAGCGCUACCACAGCCUGGCCCCCAUGUACUACAGAGGAGCCCAGGCCGCCAUCGUGGUCUAUGACAUCACUAAUGAGGAGUCUUUUGUACGGGCGAAGAACUGGGUGAAGGAGCUCCAGAGACAAGCCAGUCCCAACAUUGUAAUAGCUCUGGCGGGGAACAAGGCGGAUCUGGCCAGCAAGAGGGCGCUGGACUUCCAGGACGCACAGUCGUACGCAGACGACAACAGCCUGCUUUUCAUGGAGACGUCCGCCAAGACCUCCAUGAACGUCAACGAGAUCUUCAUGGCGAUCGCCAAGAAACUCCCCAAGAACGAGCCUCAAGCUGCCGGAGCCAACAGCGGCCGCAACAGAGGAGUGGACCUGACAGAGACGGCCCAGCCCAGCAGCCGCCCCUGCUGCAGUAACUAACCUGUACCCCCCCCCCCCCCCCCCCUCAACCGAUCACCACCACAACCACCACCACAUCUGCCCCAGGUCUGUCCCAGGUCUGUCCCAGGUCUGUCCCAGGUCUCUCUCCCUCCCUCCCUCACUCCCGGGAAUAGCUAAAAGACUCUGUAGAGCUGCAUUUCUAAUCCCUCUUUCGGUUGACGUUGUUUUAUUUUGUACCUUUUUUUAAGACGUGUAUAUCAGUAUAAAAGAACGCAUGUACCACUACACACACAUUUGUACGUCCUGAGCGGAGACCUGAGCGAGCGCGUGUUCUGUGUGUGAAUGAAGGUCCGAGCGUGAGGCUGAGUUCACCGGGUGCCUGGGUGUUUCCGCUCCAGGUCCAGAUCCUUUUGUCGCGUAACAAAAAAAAACAAAAAAACGACUGGACUCCGCAACACUUCCCCCAUUCAUCGAAACAACUGUCACACUGUCCCGGCACCGAUAUUUUGCUACUCGUAAUUAUGUUGUCGAUAGGUUUUCUUUCUUUCUUUCUUUUUAAAUAAGAUCUCGUACUUUCUCGUAAAAAAAAAAAAGAAAAAAACAAAUCAUGAUGUUGAUUUUUUUCCAUAAACGGAACUUGAGGAAAUAUUAAAACGUAUUUCCUGUUUUAAAUUUAGGCCAAAAUCGGUCUGGAAACGUGACGUAACUGUAAAAAUCAGAGCAAUAAAUAUAAUCGGUGAUAUUCAAGCCUCAAAAUGGAGCGCCGUUCUCUUAUCGUCAAGUUUUGAAAUGUAAAAAAACAUAGACUGUAUAUAUAAAUGGUACUUUCGAAGUCUGAUUUCUAUUGAAAAAUCAUUUACUGCUGUCAAGCUCGUCAUUCUAACUGCAAAAUGUUUGUUUUAACGCUCUCUCUUCAUGAGCCUGGGGUUUUUAUUUUACAAUUUUGACCUUAAAUCAAGAUAACGAACAUUAAUAACAAAAAGACAUGGGACGAGAUGAAGUUUAAUAACAAAAACAUGAUGAAAAUGACUUAAUUUGGUCAUUUUUGUAACUAGGGAUGGUGCAAGGAUCUCGAGCCGAAAGAUCUCGUGAGACAAAAUUUCCGCAAGAUCGUGCACACGAGAGAAAAAUGAUCCCGUUAUAUCGGUUUCCUAAGUGUUUACAUCUAGAUUACACAAAAAAAAGGGUCACAUGUUGGUGAUUUGCAUCUCUUACGGUGCUAAAAAGCAGAACAAAAGCAAAAGCAGAAUGGAAACAAAAAUAUGAAAUCAAAUAAAGAACAAACUGUGAGGCCAAAAUUGGAAACUGAAUCGUGAAAUGUACCUGUUACAAAUUGUUAAAAUCUCGCUUUGUCUCAUUCUCGUGGACCCGAUCUCCUCUUGACUUGUGGAAAUUGUCUUGUCCUAACACUAAUAUGAACACAUGAAAGAAGAAAUUAAACCAAUUCAAAAGCUGAAUUCACAACUCAAAAUUUGUGAAUUGUUUUGAUUAUUGUAAAUUGGUUCAAAAUCUCAUCUCGUUAUCGUGGACUCAAUCUUGUGUUUUGUCUCGACUUAUGGAAGUUGUAAUCAUAAAAUCCCAACAAACUAAACAUAAAACCCAUUCACAACAGAAAAUAUAAAGAAAUUAAAAAUCAUGAGACCAAAAUUAUUUUUAUUAUUAUUGUAAAUUGGUUCAAAAUCUCGUCUUGUCUCGAUUUUGUGGAUUCUAUUUUCUGUCUCGUUUCGUUUCGGGAAAAUUCGGUCUCGUCCCAUCCCUACAAACUAAACAUAACACAGAAUAUAAGGAAAUUAAACAAAUUAAAAACUCACGAGACCACAAUUAAUUUUUUUUACUGUAAAUUGGGUAAAAAUAUUGUCACGUUCGUGGACCUAAUCUCGUGUCUCGUCUCGACUUAUGGAAAUCGUUUCGCUCCAUCCCUGAACUGAACUGAACACGAAACCCGUUCACAACACAAAAUAUAAAGAAAUUAAAAAUCACAAGACCAAAAUUAUUUUUAUUAUUGUAAAUUGGUUCAAAAUCUCGUCUCGAUCUCGAUUUCAUGGACCUAAUCUCGUAUCUCGUCUCGAUUUGUAGAAAUUGUAAUCUUAACAUCCCAACGACCUAAACACAAAACCCAUUUACGACACAAAAUAUACAGAAAUUAAACCAAAAUUAUUAUUAUCCUUAUUUUAAAUUGGUGCAAAAUCUUUUCUCGUCUCGAUCUCGUGGACCCAAUCUCGUGUCUUUGUCUCGAUUUAUGGAAAUUGUCUCGACCCAUCCCAACUAACUGAACACAAAACCCAUUCACGACACAAAAUUUAAAGAAAUUUAAAACCAUGAGAUCAAAAAAAAUAUUGUAAAUUGUCUCAAUCUCUUGGGAAAAAUCUCAUGUCUCGUCUCGUUUCGUGAAAAUUCUGUCUCGUCCCACCUCAAAUAACAACACCAAUCACGUCUUUUCAACAACCUCGCUCCUGAUUGGCUCGAUACUCGCGAUCAGAUUUCCAAAUAUGCUCCCUGGUUGUCGAUUAUCCGCUAUAAAUAUAAUGAAGUAUAAGAAAUUAGCCUCGAUUUACUUUAUUUGUUCGCAAAAAAUCACUAUCGGCGACGUCACACUCCCUCAGUCCACUUCUAUAUACAGUCUAUGGUUUCCGCAAAGAAAAGUGACGAUAAAAAACGCAUUUUUAAAACCAUGUAAUAUCAAAGUGAACGGAAUUUGGUUGCGAAAAAUCCAACAAUUUUAAAAGAAAUAUAAAAAAAAAAAAAAAGUCUAUAAUCCACAAAUAAACUAAGCUGGGUACUGUAAAAUGAAAUGUUAACAAAAUGAAACAAAAUUCUACCAAGUGGAAAAUUUGCCAUGAUGUUAUUUUAAAGUGCAAUGUUGUGUUUUUCUUUUUUGUUUGUUUUGUUUUGUUUUUUUACGGUGGCCCAGAUGGACAAGUCCCAACACUACAAGACGUGGAAAAAACAUUAUUGUAAAUUGUACAAAAAAAAUGAAUAAAUGAAAUAAAUGUUUUGUUUUUAAGCCAAUUUUAUAAGGAAUUGUAUUGAUAAUUUUGUGACAUGUUUCUGAUUCCCUGCUUGACUUUCGUUGUUAAAAUGUCGUGACUCUUUGCGUACAAUUUUGUGGAGCUUUUUUUUUCUGUACAAUGAAAAAUCGUGACAAAAUUUUGCAAUUAGACGAUCACCAAAAAUCUAAAACUACCACUGCAUCGCAUUUUGCAAUUUACAAUUUUGUUUUAACAUCAAAGUUCUUCUUUAUACAUUAUAUUUGUGAACUAUUUGCACACUUCGUACAUUUUUAUUUUCUUUUUUUUUUAUCUUGUCUUUCGGGGCCACCACACCUUUCCCCCUGUCUUAGUAUAGAGUUGUUAAGUUUGAUGUCACUUCCGGGUCCAAGCGCAUCAGCUUUUUGAAAAUACCGGACAUGUUUACAAUUUCUAUAUAUAUAUAUUUUUUGCGUUAAAAGAGGGGGGGUAUUAUGCAAAAUUUAAGGUUUUUUUGUGCUUUCUACCAUGUUAUAACAUUUUUCCCUCAUUAAAAACGUGCCUGAAGAGGUUUUAGAGUCGUC